AUGUGGGGCCAGGGCCUCGCAGCUACCUCGGCUCCUGCUGCCGUGCUUAUGGCUUGUUAGUCUUCAGUCGUACAACAUCACAAGCUAAAACUGUGUCACAGCUCGGUGUGAGUGAUCGCACGAUGACGAUGCCAACGCUCCAAUAUUAUUGUUGACUCUGCCAACCUACUUUUAUUACAUCUACGUGUACGUAGGAGCAGUCGUUUUGAUAAAGAUAGAGUUGUUGUACUCGACCGCGCAAAUAACAUGUAACUUGUGGCGGGGCCGGAAAUGAUUGUGCUGGUCAACCUCAACAAGGAAUAAUAACCAAAAAAUGAAAAUGAAAAAGAGUCUUAGCUAGAAGUCGGAAGGUAAGAGUACCAGGCGAAGGCGAGGCAGGGUACAACGACAACAUCUAUGAUGACAUAUUACAUCUUCGGUCGUUCAAUUUAGAACUACAGCUAGGUGAAGAAAUCAUCUUUCUUGGCACUAGUACUACAAGAAAUUGUAGAUGAUGAGAAUCUAAUGUUGCGACUUCUACGGGUGAGGAUGCUUCUCCUGCUAGCGAGAAACAGAAGCCAGCGGAGAGUGCGGUUGACCAACCAGCUCAGCCUGAUCUAGGGGUCCUAGAAGAGGACGACGUGCCUAUGAUUGUGCAACGUGUUUUCAGCACUCCAGCUCUCGGACAGGAAAUCGAAGAAACUGCGAACACGCAAGAGCAGGGUAAAGCACGCGACUCGGCGAUUGAGCAGGAGCUGCACAAGACAAAAGCGACACAACUUACAAGAAGUAUAACUACACAUCAACAUACAUUGACUACCGGAAGGGCAAGAGACGAGACUGACAUCUUUACUUGAUAGAUUGACUCAUCCUUCCAACAGUGUAACAAUAGUUGCAGUACUAGCUGUUGCUGUCCUUAUUUAUGUCUAAGACUGUCAAAUCAUGCCCUUGGACAUACACCAACAUACUUAGUUAUUCCAUUUCGUCCGCAAGUGCACCCGCCGUGAAGUUCAAUAUUUGCUCCACGUCCCACCUGCAUCGGACGAUCAUUAUCAUGCAAUUGCCAUCUUCAGGUUAUCUCGAUCGGUAUGCUGCAUUGAAGACGGA